CAAAAGCCCCAAAAUCAUUAGAUUCAGCCCAACACACGGAGCCGAGAUCGGUGUAAUUGUCUGUAGAAAUUUUUCUACUCCGGCGACGAGAGACGAGAGAAAGAGCUCUUCUUCAAGCCCUAAUGUCUGCGCCUCGAAAGGAGGUAUCUCUAAGGGGAGCAAGCGCCAAAGAAAUUACGAGGGAUGCCCUCCUUCAUAAAGUCUCUCACGAGAGGGAGCUCCGUAGCUUCAAUCGCCGCGCCUCUGCUGCCGCCCUCUUCAUUCAGCGAGUCUGGAGGCGGUAUUAUGCAAUGAAAAAGGUUGCAGAACAGUUACGAGAAGAAUGGAAAGUUCAAGCGCAGUGCCCUAAUCACAAGAACAACAGAUGGAUUUCGACAAAUCUGAUUAGGCCCUUUCUGUUCUUUACUACUCGGCCAUUAACUUUACAUCAAACACUGCAACACGCAAAUGUGGAGUGUAUGAUGACAUGUUUUAAACUUCUCUUGCAAAGCAUUAAUUCAGCUGAUAUGGAGGAGAACUUCUGUUCUCUGGCCUCUGGCACUCUCGAGGAUAAAUCUAUAUGGUUUUAUCAGGCGCAAAAGCUGGUUUCAUUAUGCUUAUUUAUUCUUGGUGAAUGCAAUCAGACAUGUCUUGACUGUGAGGACAUUGUUUCGCUUACUGCACGAGCAACACGCUUAGUUGUUACUUUAACUGAUCCCAAAGGGUGGAAGUGUUUCAAAAAUGAGAACAGCAGAGAUGCCGAUAUUGCUGUGAAGAAAUUGAUAGAAUUUAUGACUACAAGGACAAGUAAUGUUUACAUUUGUAUCAGGAGAUACCUAAUGAAGCUUGACCUUCAUAUUGCAUCACAAAAGAAGACCAUGGCAUCAUCUGAUGAUGGUUUCUUGGUUACUGCAAGUGCAAUAACUUUAGCUUUGCGGCCGUUUCAUCUCAAGAAGUUAGACGCAAGUUCUAUUGACCAGUUUGAUGUGAAAGAUUUUUAUGGGCAGUACCUAAGUUUCAUAUUGACUGUUCCAUAUCUAAAUAAACGUCUACCGCCUAUUCUCUUACCAGCACUGAAGCAUGAGUCUAUCCUUAUACCAUCUCUUACUAAUCUGCUGAUAUCCAAGGAUAAAAUUUUCAAUGAAAUGUUGGAAUUGGAUCAUGCUGAAAAUUCUUCCUCUAGUAUUAAAGUAGUUCCUUCUAUUGGUUGGGCUCUUGCAAACAUUAUAAGCUUGGCAACUGAGUGUAAUAGUGACAAAAGUAAUUUUGGUCACUUUGUCCCAGGCCUAGAUUGUGAAUCAUAUGUUCAAGUUGUCAAUUGCAUUUCCGAGAAAUUCCUAAAUUGCCUUGAGAAUGCUGGAGGUUUAAUGAGAAAGGGCAAUAAUGAUUACUUAGAAAAAGAUGAUUCUUCUUCUCGAUCUGUUGAAUCCGCUAACUGCAGUAAGUUGAAAUCAUUGUACAUGGACCUUUUGAAACCUGUAUAUCAGCAGUGGCAUCUAAGGAAGCUUUGUUCCUUGGUGAAGAAGAACAUACCAAUUGAAGAGUUAAAUGCUUAUGAUGCAAGUCAGAACUCAGAAUUCUCUGGAAAAUUUGAGCUACAAAAUAUUAUAUUCUUUUACUAUUACAUGCUCAGAAUAUUUUCUUCUUUGAAUCCUUCUGUUGGGUCAUUACCCAUUCUUAAUUUGCUCUCAUUUACUCCUGGAUUUCUUGUUGAGCUGUGGGGAAAAUUAGAAGAAUCAAUAUUUUGUCCUGCUCCUAUGGCCCAUGAUGUUAAAUCUUUGAAAGAUGAUAAUUCUGGGCAUUUUAGUGAAGCAAGUUGCAGUAAAAAGCAAAUCUGGACCGUGAAGGAAACUGGAAGUAAGUGGGUGAAUGUACUACAAAAGCUUGCCGGAAAAUCAUCCGAUAUUAGUAAUAUCAAUUUAAGCAAUGAUCCAGUUAACGCUUGUCAAAUAUACGAGGAUGCUAAUGAUUUAUGGGACAUUGAAGCUAUGCGGCGAGGUGCUCAAUUUGUUACAAGUAACUUGUCAUGCAUGCUGCAUCUGUUCUGUGCUACAUAUGCGCACUUGCUUCUGGUGCUAGAUGACAUAGAAUUUUACGAGAAACAGGCUCCAUUUACCCUUCAGCAACAGCGAAGAAUUGCUUCAGUAUUGAACACAUUUGUAUAUAAUACUUUAAUUCACAAUGGUGGACCAAACAACAAACCAAUAAUAGAUGUAGCAGUCAGAUGCCUCCAUUUACUGUAUGAACGAGACUGCAGGCACAAGUUUUGCCCUUCUUCUCUUUGGCUGGGGCCUGCAAGAGCAGGUCGCAUUCCAAUUGCUGCAGCUGCUAGAGCUCAUGAAGCUGCAUUUGCUAAUUUUCAGUCCAAAGACUCUCUAAAUAUUUCAAGCACAAGCUCUGUACUUACGAUUGUUCCUCAUGUGUAUCCCUUUGAAGAAAGAGUUCAGAUGUUCAGGGAAUUUGUUAAGCUGGACAAAGUCUCUCGAAGAGUAGCCGGUGAAUUGUCUGGACCAGGCUCAGGGUCAAUAGAGAUUGUUGUACGUCGGGAUCACAUUAUUGAAGAUGGAUAUAGGCAGUUGAACUUCCUUGGUUCAAAAUUGAAGUCAUGCAUCAACGUCUCAUUUAUCAGUGAAUGUGGUCUUCCUGAGGCUGGUCUUGAUUAUGGAGGUCUAUCUAAAGAGUUCUUAACUGAUUUGUCUAAGGCUAUAUUUGACCCACAAUAUGGACUCUUUUCUCAAACUUCCACGUCAGAAAGCAAUUUAAUUCCUAACAUGUCUGCUAGAUUAUUGGAUAAUGGAAUCCAAAUGAUUGAAUUCCUUGGUAGGGUCGUUGGUAAAGCUCUAUAUGAAGGAAUCUUGCUAGAUUAUUCUUUUUCCCUGGUCUUUGUGCAAAAGUUAUUAGGUCGUUACAGCUUCCUCGAUGAAUUAUCUACUCUAGAUGCCGAACUUUACAGGAAUCUCAUGUAUGUCAAGAGUUUUGAAGGCGAUGUGGCAGAGUUAUCUUUAGAUUUCACGGUUACAGAAGAGGCAUGUGGAAGGCGUGUUGUUACUGAGCUUAAACCUGGUGGUAGAGAUGCCGCGGUUACAAACGAGAACAAACUGCAAUAUAUCCAUGCAAUGGCAGAUUACAAGCUAAAUCGGCAACUGCUUCCUUUAGCAAAUGCAUUUUAUAGGGGUCUGACUGAUCUCAUAUCCCCAUCUUGGCUGAGCUUAUUUAAUGCAAAUGAAUUUAAUCAGUUGCUCUCAGGAGGAAAACAUGACUUCGAUGUUGAUGAUUUGAGAAGCAACACAAGGUAUACUGGUGGCUAUACUGAAGGAAGUCGGACUGUUAAAAUCUUUUGGGAGGUUAUAAGAGGAUUCAAACCAAAUGAACGGUGUAUGUUACUUAAGUUCGUAACAAGUUGUUCACGCGCUCCAUUACUUGGUUUCAAGCACUUACAACCUUCUUUCACCAUCCAUAAGGUUGCAUGUGAUCUACCUCUUUGGGCUUCAAUAGGUGGGCAGGACGUGGAUCGUCUUCCAUCAGCAUCAACGUGUUACAACACACUAAAGUUGCCAACGUACAAACGGCCAAGUACACUGAGGAACAAGCUGCUGUAUGCAAUCAGUUCAAAUACUGGGUUUGAACUUUCCUAGAGGUACUCAAAUUAAUAUAAAAUGGCUGGAGAUUAUUUUGGCUCGUUUGUCUUUUCCAUCGCUCGAUAUACUGUGUAUAUUAUUACUUUUUACUGAAAAAAUGUGGAAGCACUACCAUAGGUACCAGCAUGUGCAUAGUUAAGAGAAGAUCAUUUUUUGUAAUGAAUGUUAUUUUAAUUAUUUAUGUAGACAUUUCUAUUACCAUU